CCCAGAUACUCGGCGCGACCAUUUGUCCUCACGAUAGUCGCGCUUCUGGUUCUAUCCUUGAUCGCAUGGAGCCGAGAGGGAGUGAGCGGAACACAAGUGCCUAAAGGAGCAUCCCUAUACAAGAGAGAAGAGAAUCUGGAGGUAUGUGAAUGCUCCUAGUAGAAGCUACCUUCCUCCCCCAUGUACAGCUCUCUGUUCUAAACCAGUAUGUAGUGUCGACUAGUCCACCAUGCCGCCGAUAAGUGCGCAUUCGUGCAUGCCAAUUGCCCCGAUGAAGAAGCUGGAGUCUUCUCGUACUUGUCUCUCUACUACUGCCGACUUCCCCACGUCAAACCUAUCGCAUUCGCAAUUCUCGUACUCUGGCUAGGCCUCCUAUUCAGUACCAUUGGAAUAGCUGCAAGUGACUUCUUCUGCGUCAAUCUUAGUACAAUCUCCAACCUAUUGGGGAUGAGCGAAAGCAUGGCCGGCGUCACAUUUCUUGCGUUUGGAAAUGGCAGCCCGGACGUCUUCUCCACGUUCGCAGCUUUUAGCACGAACUCCGCGAGUCUGGCCAUUGGAGAAUUGAUAGGCGCUGCAGGGUUCAUAACUGCAGUUGUGGCAGGAUCAAUGGCGCUGGUGCGGCCAUUCAAAGUGGCGCGCAAGAGUUUCAUACGCGAUGUGUCCUUCUUCAUAUUCGCCGCAUGCUUCAGCAUGGUUUUCUUGUGGGACGGGAAACUGUCACUGUGGGAAUCCAUUCUCAUGGUUGCAUUCUACAUAUUCUAUGUAUGCUUCGUCAUGGUAUGGCACUGGUGGCUCGGAAGGAGAUUGGCGCGGCGUCGAAGAGCUGCUGCCAUUCGGAGCCAGUAUGUGCUCCCUGGAGGAGACGAAGAGGAGAUACCAGAAGAAUACCACGACGAAGACGAUGGACCGGCUACUUCAGGGACACGCAGCCCUCUUGGAGGUGCAUCUGCGGACGAUUUCUCGGCGCUGGAGCGUGUAGGCAUGGAUGAUUCUCUCGAAGGUGACGAUAAUGAGGAGUUCCGCGAGCGUUGGCUUGGAGAAUUGAGCAACAACAUGCGCCUGGGUAGGUCUGCCGUAGGAUCGAGGCGCAACACUCAUACACCUAUUCGGCCCAGUCUGGUCGGCGCGUUGGAGUUUCGAGCUGUCCUCACCUCAUUGAAUAAGUCAAGAAACAUCCAGUCCAUGCCCAUAAACCUGAGGCGGUAUUCGGACGAUCCUACGUUCACUUCGGCUCAACAGCAAGGCCUGAUAUCUUCAUCACUGGACCCGGCACCACGCCCUCCCUAUGACGUGCCAACCGAGGAAAGCGGUUUGUCACCGCACAUCAUACGGCCCAGCGUCGAAGUGCAAGGACCGUCUGGGAAUCGCGUGAGGGCCGUCUCCACCAACGACAUUGGGAACAGGCGAAUCGAUCCCAGUACAUGGCAAGUUGAAGUCCCCAGUAUAGAAUUUGGUCCGCCAUCGCCAGAAGACGAUCGCACACGUCUGAAUGCACCCAGCCAGCCUAUGCUUGCACCCAAUUUUACACUCUCUCCGCCAACAUCCCUACCUUCAUCGAGGUCACCUAGCCCUGGGCCAGCAAGAGGUCGGACCGUGUCCCCUAACAAGCUUGCCCCGCCCAGUUUGGAUGGCACUGGAACUGCCAGCACAAGCGCAAGCUCUUCUCCUGUCCUUGGUCCCUCCAACGAUGCGCAGAGGAGACCUCUCCCCAAACUGCAAGUACCUGGAGCAUCAUCACCACCAAUCCCAUUUCCUGCAUAUACUGAUUAUCCCUUCUCCGCGGGUGGCUCUUCGAGGACACCGAGUAUUCGCUUGCCAUCUCCAAGCGCUUCCCCUGAGUCUCUUUUCCCACCAGAUCAUUUCUCUCGAACAGCAAACCAUACUAAGCCCCCGAAAUGGUGGCCAACUCGAUUUCUUCCCUCCCCUCGAGUGCUCACGUGCACUUUAUUCCCAACGCUUGACAAUUGGAAGACUAAGAGUAUAUGGGAGAAGAUGCUCGGUGUGGUCGCCGCACCUAGUGUUUUCCUACUGACUAUCACACUCCCUGUCGUGGAGACCCACCGGGACGACCAGAGCGAUAUUCCACCGUCUCCUUCACUCAGUCUAGCGGGCACAUUGCAUGAGGGUGUUAGUCCUAAUCAGCCUAACAUUGUAGUUGAACCAGACAGUCCUUCGGGCGCAGCUUUGAUCAACAACAAACCCGAUAGCACUGUUCAAGUCUCUCGGGCCGGGAGUGCCAAUCCCAUCCAGCAAUCGCCUCUGCGGGUCGGCACGCAAGACAGCCGCAUCCUCCCGUCCCCAGGAGAGUUCCCCGUGGACCCUCUACAAUUAGAGCCCAAGCAGCAAUGGAACCGGUGGCUCGUGAUCACGCAAGUCUUCACUGCGCCUUUCUUCGUGGUCUUCGUUGUAUGGGCCAACACAGACUUGGAAAAUCCCCGUGCGCUUGUGAAACCGACUCUAUAUUCGCUAUUGCUCUCGCUUGUCUUGCUGGCCGCAGUCCUGACGACGACAACGCCGGCACGACCGCCAGCAUGGCGCACCCUGCUCUGCUUCUUUGGUUUCGCGGUCAGCAUAGCUUGGAUCAGCUCCAUCGCCAAUGAGGUGGUGGGAGUGCUGAAGACACUGGGAGUCAUCCUCGACAUCAGCGACGCUAUUCUUGGUCUUACCAUCUUCGCAGUCGGUAAUUCGCUGGGUGAUCUGGUGGCUGAUAUCACGGUGGCACGACUUGGAUUCCCGGUGAUGGCCCUUUCGGCGUGCUUCGGAGGUCCCAUGCUCAACAUCCUUCUGGGGAUUGGUCUGAGCGGCUGCUACAUCACCAUCAAAGGCGAGAGGCACCGGCACGAGAAGCACCCCGACCGCCCGAUCCGGUUCAAACCCUACCACAUCGACGUGAGCACGACGUUGGUAAUAUCAGGGGCCACGCUACUGGUGACGCUUGUCGGCCUCAUGGUGGUGGUCCCUUGGAGGGGUUGGAGGAUGGAUAGGAAGAUCGGGUGGGGCCUGAUAGCCCUCUGGACGUUCAGCACCAUUGCCAACGUGAUCGUGGAGGUGACCGGCAACAGCAGCAACGUGAGUUAGCGAUGAUAUACCUUCACGGGCACGGUCUCGAGAAGACGAUGCUCGAGGGCCCUCUUUA